AGAGGGAUAGAGAGAGAGAGGUAACAGUGACAGAGACUGUCUCAUUACAGGGUCUGUGUCUGGUCACCUCGGUUAGAGUGAGGUGGGGGGGGUGUUGGGGGUCUUUGGGCCGGGGUGGGAUGUUGCUGUCGGGCUGUGUGCGUCGGGGGGAGAGGUGUCUCCAGGGGGCCUGGCAGCGACACUGCAGCGGGGGGUCUGGGGGCCAGACUGAACCCCCCUCGGGGACCGCGGCCUCCAGCCGGCUCCGCAACAGAGCAGCCAAACAGCAGCGGAGAGAACAGAGGCUGCAGGACAUCGAGGCCAGAGCCGGUGUGAACGCAGAGCAGGAGGUUAAGGAGAAAGGUCACUGGUCACAUAAGGAUGUGCUCGUUUACACACAGAAAACCCAACCUGGAGAGAAGAAAGACACCUCAGGCCCUCUCCCUGCUGCCUACAGUCCGGGGUACGUGGAAGCCACCUGGUAUCCCUGGUGGGAGAAACAGGGAUUUUUCCGGCCGGAAUAUCAUGCACAGAUGAAACACGCCCGGAAUGAGACAUUCUCGCUGUGUUUUCCUCCCCCCAACGUCACGGGAUCCCUUCACCUCGGCCAUGCUCUGACAGCAGCCCUGCAGGACGCCAGGGUCCGGUGGAGGAGAAUGCAGGGACACAAAGUGCUGUGGAUUCCAGGCUGUGAUCAUGCGGGAAUCGCAACCCAGGUGGUGGUGGAGAGGCAGUUAUGGAAGGACCAAGGGCUGCGAAGGGAGGAAAUGUCUCGCGAAGAGUUUGUGUCAGAAGUCUGGCGCUGGAAAGCGGAGAAAGGGGAUGAAAUCUACCAUCAGCUGCGGAGACUGGGAGCCUCGCUAGACUGGGAGCGAAGCUGCUUCACACUGGACCCUAGAUAUUCGGAGGCAGUGACGGAGGGCUUUGUGAGGUUACACGAGGGAGGCUGUGUUUACCGGGAUCAGGGGCUUGUAAACUGGUCGUGUGCUUUACGUUCCACCAUCUCUGACAUCGAGGUACAGAGCCGUUCAGUGAAAGGAAUCACUCACCUCUCGGUCCCGGGUCACAGUCACCUCAUCCCCUUCGGCCAAAUCUUCCUGAUCAGCUUCGUCACCGAGGAUCUGGAGGAUGAGGUGGUUGUGGCGACGACGAGGCCGGAGACAAUGUUCGGAGACGUUGCCAUCGCGGUUCAUCCUGAAGAUCAGCGUUACAUACACCUUCAUGGCUCCCGAUUCCGACACCCGUUCAACAGCCGCCUCCUCCCCCUCCUCACAGACACCAGUAUCCAGCCCGAGCUCGGCACCGGGGCAGUGAAGGUGACACCAGCUCACGAUCACACAGAUUACCAUCUCGCUCUCCGUCACUCACUCCCCAUAAUCCAUAUCUUCAACCAGGACGGCACCAUGAACAGUCACUGUGACUCCUGGCUCCAGGGGCAGCCCAGGUUUGAUGCUCGGCGGCUGAUUCUGGAGGCUCUGAUGGAGCGAGGUUUACACCGCGGCUCAGAGGAGCACAGCCUGGUGCUGCCCGUCUGCAGCCGUACAGGGGAUAUAAUCGAGCCUUUCCUGAGGAGCCAGUGGUUUGUUCGAUGUAAAAAAAUGGCGACACAAGCGAUAGCGGCUGUGGACUCUGGGAGAUUGUGUUUCACUCCGAGUUUCCAUCAAAAGACGUGGAAAACCUGGCUCAGUGACAUCAG